CUUUUUGGGCUUUCACUUCCUUGCUCGGAGGAGGGAGGUAGUGUGCAUUAAAGAUGGCUUACAGUUUUGGAUAUCGCAUCACCAACUACGUCCCAUUCAUCUGAAGGAAAUAUUGGACAGAAGUUUAGAGAAUUCCAGGUGUCAGGAAGAGGGCUGCGAGGUUAAAGCCGUCGCCGCGACGCACCGCGGCCGCCCGCUUCCUAGACAGCUGGCUGGCUAACGUUAGCUAGCUGUGUUCGAUUUCCCUGCUGCUUGUUGCUAUUAUUUGUAAAUAUUAUUCCCGUUAAAAUGGCCACCAUGGAGAAACUGAUGAAGGCCUUCGAGUCGCUCAAGUCUUUCCAGCAACAACAGGGACUACCGCUGGCAGAGGAGCUUGUACAGAAACAGAAGAAAGACCCUGCCACCACCAAAAAGGACAGAGUCACUCAUUGUUUGACAAUAUGUGAAAACAUCGUAGCGCAGUCUUUGAGGACCUCCCCAGAGUUCCAGAAACUGUUGGGCAUCGCCAUGGAGAUGUUUCUGCUCUGCAGCGACGACAGAGAGUCCGACGUCAGGAUGGUGGCCGACGAGUGCCUGAACAAAAUCAUUAAAGCGCUAAUGGACUCCAACCUUCCCCGGCUGCAGCUCGAGCUCUAUAAGGAGAUAAAGAAGAACGGCGCCUCCCGGAGCCUGAGAGCUGCCCUGUGGCGAUUCGCUGAGCUCUCUCACCUGGUGCGCCCACAGAAAUGCAGGCCCUACCUGGUGAACCUGCUCCCCUGCCUGACCCGGAUCAGCAGGAGGCCCGAGGAGAGCGUGCAGGAGACCCUCGCCGCCGCCAUCCCCAAGAUCAUGGCGCCGUUCGGCCACUUCGCCAACGACGGGGAGAUCAAGGUGCUGCUGAAGGCCUUCGUGUCGAACCUGAAGUCCAGCUCGCCCACCAUCCGCCGCACGGCCGCCAGCUCGGCCGUCAGCGUGUGCCAGCACUCCCGCCGCACGCACUACUUCUACACCUGGCUGCUCAACGUGCUGCUGGGGCUGCUGGUGCCCGUGGACGAUGAGCACCCCAGCCCUCUGAUUCUGGGGGUGCUGCUGACGCUGCGCUACCUGAUGCCCCUCCUCCAGCAGCAGGUGAAGGACACCAGCCUGAAGGGCAGCUUCGGGGUGACCCGCAAAGAGGCCGACAUCGCCCCCACGCCCGAGCAGCUCAUCCAGGUGUACGAGCUGACGCUGCACUACACGCAGCACCGGGACCACAACGUGGUGACGGCCGCCCUGGAGCUCCUGCAGCAGGCCUUCCGAACCCCGCCCCCCGACCUGCUGCACGUCCUCAUCACGCCCGGCGGCAUCGCCCGCGCCAGCAUCUCCCGCGAGGAGACCGAGAGCCGCGCCCGCAGCGGCAGCAUCCUGGAGCUCAUCGCCGGAGGGGGUUCCUCAUGCAGCCCGCUGCUCCUCCGAAAACACAAAGGGAAGCUGCUCUCAGGGGAGGAGGAGGGGCUAGAAGAUGACCUUGAGGCGAGGUCAGAGGUCAGCUCCGGAACCUUCACAGCCUCAGUGAACAGCGAGGGCGCCAGCGAGACGGCCGGCUCCUCCUCCUCCGGCGUGUCCACGCUGGACGCAUCGGCGGCGCAUGACAUCAUCACGGAGCAGCCGCGCUCCUCGCAGCGCAGCCUGCAGCCGGGCGACUCGGUGGACCUGAGCGCCUCCUCCGAGCAGGGCGGGGUCGACACGCCCGAGGAGGAGGAGGAGGUGGAGGGGGAGGAAGGGGAGGAGGACGGCAUGCUGAGCCGCGGCUCCAGCCAGAUCAGCGGCGGCCCGUCCGACACCAACCACCAGGGGGCGCUGUCGCCCGCCAGCGACAGCUCGCAGACCACCACCGAGGGGCCGGACUCGGCCGCCACGCCCUCCGACUGCCCCGAGCUCGUAAGUCUGCCGCGGCGGGCCCAGCCCCCGCCGUCCCCCACCUCCACCGAGGGGCCCGACGUCUCGCCCUGCUCCGACUUCGGGUCGUCCGUCACUCCUCCUUCUUCUUCUUCUUCUUCUUCCUCCUACUCCGCCGCCUCCUUCGCUAGCGGUAGUGACAAGGUGCUGGACGGCAGUGACAGUCAGUACUCAGGCAUGCAGAUCGGGACGCUGCAGGAUGAGGAAGAGGAGGCAAGCAGCGCUGUGCCUGAGGAGCCGCUGGAGCCCUUCUCCCAGCCCAGCCUGGCCCUGAGGAAGCCCCACCUGCUGGAGGGUUUGGGUCACUGCAGGCAGGGGUCGGACAGCAGCGUGGACAGGUUCAUACCGAAGGACGAGGUGCUGGAGCCUGCGGAGCCCGAAAACAAGCCCUCCCGGAUAAAAGGCGAGAUUGGGCACUACACGGACUGCAAGGCCGAGCCGCUGGUCCACUGCGUGCGCCUCCUCUCCGCCUCCUUCCUCCUGACUGGCCAGAAGAACGAUCUGGUGCCCGAUAAGGAGGUGCGGGUGAGCGUGAAGGCGCUGGCGGUGAGCUGUGUGGGGGCGGCUGCUGCCCUGCUCCCUGAGGCCUUCUUCAACAGCCUGUACAGAGAGCCCCUGGAGGGCCAACAGCCUGAGGAGCAGCAGUAUGUAACGGACAUCCUGAACUACAUGCAGCACGGGGACCCCCAGGUCCGGGGGGCCACCGCCGUCCUGUGCGGAGCCAUAAUCUGCGCCGUGCUCCACAAGACCCGCUUCAGCGCCGAGCCCUGGCUGGCCCGCGUCAAGGGCUCCACAGGGAACCCCGUCUCCCUGCUGGACUUGGUGCCCUUGCUGCAGAGAGCCCUGCGGGACGAGUCCUCUGUCACCUGCAAGAUGGGCUGCAGCGCCGUACGGCACUGUCUCAUGGCCCUCUGCACCAGCAGCAGCAGCUUCAGUGAACAGGGCCUGCGGCUGGUCAUCGACCUCCUGACCCUCAGGGACUGCUCCUAUUGGCUGGUACGGAACGAGCUGCUGGAAACGCUGGGGGACUUGGAUUUUCGGUUAGUCAGUUUCCUGGAGAGGAAGACAGCACAUUUGCACAAGGGGGAGCACCACUACACUGGGCUGCUGAAGCUGCAGGAUCGCGUGCUGAACGAGGUGAUCAUACCGCUGCUGGGGGACGAGGACCCGCGGGUGCGGCACGUCGCGGCCGCCACCGUCAGCAGGCUGGUCAGCAGGCUGUUCUACGACUGUGACCAGGGCCAGGCCGACCCUGUGGUUUCCAUAGCGAAGGAUCAGAGCAGCGUUUACCUGCAGCUGCUCAUGCACGAGACGCUGCCCCCCUCCCACUUCACCGUCAGUACUGUCACCAGGAUGUACCGAGGUUACAACCUGUCCCCCAACACGUCUGACGUCACCAUAGAGAACAACCUGUCCAGAGUGAUAACGGCAGUGUCCCACGCGCUCACCUCCUCCACCUCCAGAGCCCUGACUUUUGGCUGCUGUGAAGCCCUGUGCCUCCUGUCCUCCGCAUUCCCAGUGUGCACCUGGAGCAUGGGCUGGCACUGCGGGUACGUCACCUCGGCCAGCCAGCCGGCCCGUUCCAGCAUGUAUAAGAACCGGGCACGCUCGUUCAGCCUACCCCUGCCAGGCCCGGGGGAUGAUGGGAAGAGGCCCUGUAUGGUGGGCAUGGCCCACAUCGUGCUGUCGCUGCUCUCUUCCGCCUGGUUCCCACUGGACCUGUCCGCUCACCAGGACGCCCUGCUGCUGGCCGGCAACCUCCUGGCAGCGGCGGCCCCAAAGUGCAUGAGGAGCCCCUGGAGCGGGGAGGAGGAGUCCGGCUCGGGCCCCGCCAAGCAGGAGGAGCCGUGGGCGGCUCUGGGCGACCGCUCCCUGGGGCCCAUGGUGGAGCAGCUCUUCACCCACCUGCUCAAGAUCCUUAACAUCUGCACCCACGUGCUGGACGAGGUGGCCCCCGGCCCCGCCGUCAAGGCCAGUCUCCCGUCCCUGGCCAACACCCCCUCCCUGAGCCCCAUCAGGAGGAAGGGGAAGGAGAAGGAGGCGACGGAUACCGGCUCUGCCCCCAUGAGUCCAAAGAAGAGCGGCGAGGUCAACCCAGCUUCCAGACCAACUGAGAACACAGGGUCAGCUACGAUCAACAAGUCCUCCACGCUGGGCAGUUUCUACCACCUGCCCCCUUACCUGAAACUGUACGACGUGCUGAAGGCCACGCACGCCAACUACAAGGUAACGCUGGACCUUCACCACCCCAGCGAGAAGCUGGGAGGCUUCCUGAGGUCCACGCUGGACGUGCUGUCUCAGCUGCUGGAGCUGGCUACUCUCCAGGACAUCGGAAAGUGUGUGGAGGAGAUCUUGGGGUACCUGAAGGCUUGUUUCUCCAGAGAGCCCACCAUGGCGACGGUGUGUGUGCAGCAGCUGCUGAAGACCCUGUUUGGGACCAACCUGGCGUCCCAGUACGACGGGUCCUGGUCCAACCCCAGUAAGGCCCAGGGGAAGGCCCUGCGGCUGGGCUCGUCCAGCCUGAGGCCCGGGCUCUACCACUACUGCUUCAUGGCCCCCUACACGCACUUCACCCAGGCGCUAGCCGACGCUAGCCUGCGCAACAUGGUACAGGCCGAGCACGAGCAGGACGCCUCCGGCUGGUUCGAUGUGAUGCAGAAACCCUCCCACCAGCUGAGGUCCAGCAUCGCCAACGUCAGCCGCCUUCGAGGGGACAAGAACGCCAUCCACAACCACAUCCGUCUGUUUGAGCCGCUGGUGAUCAAGGCCCUGAAGCAGUACACCACCACCACCUCCGUCCACCUGCAGCGCCAGGUCCUGGACCUGCUGGCCCAGCUGGUGCAGCUGCGGGUCAACUACUGCCUGCUGGACUCGGACCAGGUGUUCAUUGGCUUUGUGCUGAAGCAGUUUGAGUACAUCGAAGUUGGACAGUUCAGGGACUCGGAAGCCAUCGUUCCCAACAUCUUCUUCUUCCUGGUGCUGCUGUCGUACGAGCGCUACCACUCCAAGCAGAUCAUCAGCAUCCCCAAGAUCAUCCAGCUGUGCGACGGCAUCAUGGCCAGCGGCAGGAAGGCUGUCACGCACGCCAUCCCAGCACUGCAGCCCAUUGUGCACGACCUGUUUGUGCUGCGCGGAUCCAACAAGGCGGACGCCGGCCGCGAGCUGGAGACCCAGAAGGAGGUGGUGGUGUCCAUGCUGCUGCGGCUCAUCCAGCACCACCAGGUGCUGCAGAUGUUCAUCCUGGUGCUGCAGCAGUGUCACAAGGAGAACGAGGACAAGUGGAAGAGGCUGUCCCGCCAGAUCGCUGACAUCAUCCUGCCCAUGAUCGCCAAGCAACAGAUGCUGCUGGACUCCCAUGAGGCCCUGGGGGUGCUGAACUCGCUGUUCGAGACGGUGGCCCCCUCCUCGCUGCGGCCCGUCGACAUGCUGCUCAAGAGCAUGUUUGUGACCCCCAGCACCAUGGCCUCCGUGGGCACGCUGCAGCUGUGGGUCUCGGGCAUCCUGGCGGUGCUGAGGGUGCUGGUGUCCCAGUCCACCGAGGACAUCGUGCUGUCCCGCGUACAGGAGCUCUCUCUCUCCCCCUCCCUCCUCUCCUGCGCCACCAUCCGCCGUCUCCGUGCCGACGGCAUCCCCACGCCGCCGUCCUGCGAGGGGGGCGACGGGGUGGACGGGGAGCCUCAGAAAUGCCCCCCCGAAGAGACUCUGGCCAGGUUCCUGCUGCAGCUGGUGGGAGUUCUGCUGGAGGAGAUCUCCAGUAAGCAGGUGAAGGUGGACAUGAGCGAGCAGCAGCACACCUUCUACUGGCAGCAGCUGGGCACCCUGCUCAUGUGCCUCAUCCACAUCUUCAAAUCCGGCAUGUUCCGCCGGAUCACGGCUGCCGCCACCCAGCUGCUGAAGGGGGAGGGGGGCGAGGGUGGCGAGGGCAGCUUCUACACCCUGGAGAGCCUGAACAGCCUGGUGCAGACACUCUCCUCCACCCACCCCUCCCUGGUGCUGCUCUGGUGCCAGAUCCUCCUCAUCAUCCACUACACCAACUACAGCUGGUGGUCCGACGUGCACCAGACACCCAGGCGGCACAGCCUCUCCAGCACCAAGCUGCUGAGCCCCCACGGACCGGGGGAGGAGGAGGACCGGCCCGAGCCCCGCCUCUCCAUGUGCAACACGGAGCUGGUGCGCCGCGGCUCGCUCAUCCUCUUCUGCGACUACGUGUGCCAGAACCUGCACGAUUCGGAGCACCUGACCUGGCUGAUCGUCAACCACGUGGAGGACCUGAUCACCCUGUCCCAUGAGCCUCCGGUGCAGGACUUCAUCAGCGCCAUCCACCGGAACACCGCCGCCAGCGGCCUCUUCAUCCAGGCCAUCCAAUCGCGCUGCGAGAACCUGUCCACCCCCACCACUCUGAAGAAGACGCUGCAGUGUCUGGAGGGGAUCCACCUCAGCCAGUCGGGGGCGCUGUUGAUCCUGUACGUGGACAAGCUGAUCAGCACCCCGUUCCGCGUGCUGGCGCGCAUGGUGGACACGCUGGCCUGCAGGAGGGUGGAGAUGCUGCUGGCCGAGACGCUGCAGAACAGCACAGCCCAGCUGCCCCUGGAUGAACUGGACAGAAUUCAGGAGUAUCUCCAGAGCAGCAGUUUGGCUCAGAGGCACCAGCGACUCUACUCCCUGCUGGACAGGUUCAGAGCCACCAUUGUUGAGGGUUCGAGCAGCCCGCCACCGCCCGUCACCUCACACCCCCUGGACGGGGAGCCCCCCCCUGCCCUGGAGAAUGUCACUGCGGACAAGGACUGGUACGUGGCGCUGGUGAAGUCGCAGUGCUGCCAGUGCACUGACUCCGCCCUCCUGGAGUCCACUGAGCUUCUGACCAAAGUGCCCCAGGAUGACCUCUCCUCCAUCAUGGCCUGCAAGGACUUCAAUCUGAACCUGCUGGCGCCCUGCCUGAGCAUGGGGGUGCAGCGGCUGUCCCGCGACCAGGGGAACGUCCUGCUGGUGACCGCGCUGCAGGUGACCAUGGAGCGGCUGUCCUGCGCCGUGGGGCUGCUUCCCGCUCCGCAUCAGGCCUACCCUCCCCCCACAGGCCCCGCCCCCUCCCACCCCUACUGGGAAAAACUCAACGACGUCUACGGAGAGCCGGGUUUCUACCAGACGGUGCUGAGCCUGUGCCGAGCGCUGAGUCAGUACCUGCUGUCCCUGCCCAAGCUGCCCGCCGCCCUGCACAUCCGCGCGGACAACGCGGCCCUGAUCAGCGGCUUCACCAGGCUGGCCCUGGAGCUGGUGGCCUGGCGCGUGCUGCAGGACCAGGUGCCGCUCAGCCUGGACCUGCAGACGGCGCUGUCCUGCUGCUGCCUGGCCCUGCAGCAGCCGUCGGUCUGGAGCCUCCUGGCCUCGGCCGCCUGCGUGAGCCAGGCCUGCUCCGUCAUCCGCUGCGUGCGGCUGCUCAUACAAGCAGUGGCCGUGGAGCCGGGGGAGGAGCUCCUGCGGCUGGAGAGGAAGAGGACGUCUGCUGAGAGGGCUGCUCAGGAGGACCAGGUGGACGCGGUGUCCACAGACAACGUGUGCGCGCGGAAGGCCUGUGAGGUCAUGGCGGAGCUGGUGGACGCCCUGCAGAGCACCCUGGCCCUGGGCCACCCCAGGAACAGCCGCAUCCCGGCCUUCCUCACCCCGCCCCUGCGCAACGUCGUCAUCAGCCUGGCCCGCCUCCCGCUGGUCAACAGCUACACCAGAGUGCCCCCGCUGGUCUGGAAGUUGGGCUGGUCCCCCAGGCCGAGCGGAGAGCUGGGCACAAUGUUGCCGGAGAUCCCUGUGGAGUUCCUGCAGGAGAAGGACGUCUUCAGGGAGUUCCUGUAUCGCAUUAACACUCUGGGGUGGAGCAGCCGGACGCAGUUUGAGGAGACCUGGGCCACUCUGCUGGGGGUGCUGGUCACGCAGCCAAUCGCCAUGGACCAUGAGGAGGAGAGUCACCAGGAGGAGGACCUGGAGCGGACGCAGAUCAACAUGCUUGCGGUGCAGGCCAUCACGUCCCUGGUGCUGAGCGCCAUGACCCUCCCCGUGGCGGGAAACCCGGCGGUCAGCUGCCUCGAGCAGCAGCCCCGCAACAAGACCCUCAAAGCACUGGACACCCGGUUUGGGAGGAAGCUGAGUGUGAUCCGAGGCACUGUGGAGUGGGAGAUCCAGGCCAUGGUGUCCAAGAGGGACAACGUCCCCACACACUACCCCUACCAGGCCUGGGACCCUGUGCCCUCCCUCUCCUCCUCCUCUAUAGGUACCCUUAUCAGCCAUGAAAAACUCCUCCUUCAGAUCAACACUGAGAGGGAGAUGGGAAACAUGGACUACAAGCUGGGCCAGGUGUCCAUCCACUCGGUGUGGCUGGGGAACAACAUCACCCCACUGAGGGAGGAAGAGUGGGACGAGGAUGAGGAGGAUGAGACGGACGCCCCCGCCCCGUCGUCGCCCCCCACCUCUCCCAUCAACUCCAGGAAGCACCGAGCCGGCGUGGACAUCCACUCCUGCUCCCAGUUCCUCCUGGAGCUCUACAGCCAGUGGAUCCUCCCCGGCUCCUCCAACAGCAAGAAGACCCCCGUCAUCCUCAUCAGUGAGGUGGUGCGCUCGCUCCUGGCCGUGUCGGACCUGUUCACUGAGAGGAACCAGUUUGAGAUGAUGUUCAGCACUCUGUCGGAGCUGCAGAAGGUCCACCCGCCCGAGGACGAGAUCCUCAACCAGUACCUGGUGCCAGCCAUCUGCAAAGCAGCGGCUGUCCUGGGCAUGGACAAGGCCACGGCGGAGCCGGUCAGCAGGCUGCUGGAGACCACGCUGCGCAGCACACACAUCCCCAGCCGCCUGGGCGCGCUGCACGGGGUGCUCUACGUGCUGGAGUGUGACCUGCUGGAGGAGACCGCCAAGCAGCUCAUCCCCACCGUCAGCGAGUACCUGCUGUCCAACCUGCGCGCCAUAUCACACUGUGUGAACCUGCACAACCAGCAGCACGUGCUGGUGAUGUGCGCAGUGGCCUUCUACAUGAUGGAGAACUACCCGCUGGACGUGGGGUCAGAGUUCACUGCCGGCAUCAUCCAGACAUGUGGCGUGAUGCUGUCUGCGAGCGAGGAGGCCACGCCCUCCGUGGUGUACCACUGCGUGCUGAGGGGGCUGGAGCGCCUCCUGCUGUCCGAACAGCUGUCCCGUCUGGACGGGGAGGCGCUGGUCAAGCUGAGCGUGGACCGGGUCAACAUGCCCAGCCCCCACCGAGCCAUGGCCGCACUGGGGCUAAUGCUGACCUGCAUGUACACAGGGAAGGAGAAGUGCAGUCCAGGACGAGGCGCAGACGCCGACCUCACCGCCCCUGACAGCGAGUCGGUCAUCGUGGCCAUGGAGCGGGUCUCUGUGCUCUUUGACAGGAUCAGGAAGGGUUUCCCGUUCGAGGCGCGGGUGGUGUCGCGAAUCCUGCCCCAGUUCCUGGACGACUUCUUCCCUCCACAGGAUGUGAUGAACAAGGUCAUCGGGGAGUUCCUGUCCAACCAGCAGCCCUACCCGCAGUUCAUGGCUACUGUGGUCUACAAGGUGUUCCAGACCCUGCACGCCACGGGGCAGUCCUCCAUGGUGCGGGACUGGGUCCUGCUGUCCCUCUCCAACUUCACCCAGAGGACCCCUGUCGCCAUGGCGAUGUGGAGCCUGUCCUGCUUCUUCGUCAGCGCCUCCACCAGCCAGUGGAUCUCUGCACUUCUGCCUCACGUGAUCAGUCGCAUGGGGAAGUCCGACCUGGUGGACGUCAACCUGUUCUGCCUGGUGGCCAUGGACUUCUACCGGCACCAGAUCGACGAGGAGCUGGACCGACGCGCCUUCCAGUCCGUCUUCGAGGUGGUGGCCUCGCCCGGCAGCCCCUACCACAGACUGCUGAGCUGCCUGCAGACCAUUCACCUGGUCACCUCCUUCUGAGCUGGAGGGGGAGAGGGGGGGAG